UACUAUCAACUCAUUCUAAACCCAGGGAACGGAAAUUGCAGGAAAAAAACUCUUCAUUGGAGCAGGUAAAGAUUCAACCGCCGGUGAAGAUAAGACGUUAAAGAGUAGAAUCGCCUAGCUUUUAUUUCAUAAUGGAGAAGACAAUGUCGAGUUGGUCAGACUUAGAUUGCGAUCUUUUACUCGAAAUAGCUGGUCGAAUAAGUUGUCUGCGGGACUUUAUCGUCUUUGGCGCGGUAUGCAGGUCAUGGCGAUCAGUUGCUUCCCCGGAGAAAUUCAAUAAAUCUACUAAAGUUCCGUGGCUUUUGCUUGAUCAAGUAGAUGGUGAUCGCAGCCCCCGUAAGUUUUUCAACCUUUCGAAAGAUGUAAUUUACAGUAUCAGUCUUCCAAAACCUAGUGAGAACCGAUUUCAUCUUGGGAAUUUUAUGCUCCGUUCUAAUAUUAAGGAAAAACGAUAUCUUUUAUCUUCAAGAGGAUGGUAUUUGAUGGUGGAGGAUAUUUUACAAUUAAAUCUUUUGAAUCCUUUCUCGCUCUCAAGAAUUGAUCUGCCACAUUGUGUUGGAAAAUUCAAUCUGCCACAUUCUAAUAUCAUCGAUUUCGCUUUAUCCUCUAGUCCAAGUGUCACUUCAGAAUUUAUAAUCAUGAUUGUUUACUUUUCACGUAGUGCGGGACUGGCAAGAUUAGUUUUUUGGAAAAGUGGGGAUCGCGAGUGGACUGACAUAGAUCUCAAAUUGGAAACAAUUAAUGUGAAAAUUACAUAUCACAAUGGCCGAUUCUAUAUUCCUUAUGUUGUUUAUCCUCCAAAAGGAUUUGUUGUUCAUGAAAUUAACAUUCGAAAUUAUGAAUCUGUUUCAAUAAGCAGCAAAUCAUUUACCGAUUCCUAUUCGUCUAUUUGUGAUCCAUUUUGGAUUUUUGAAUCAUCUCGAGCGUUGAUGAUUUCUUAUUGGAGAUUGAAUUAUGAGUCAAUAUAUGGUUUUGCGACUAUCAUCCGCGAUCUUAAUUCUUAUAAUCCACAUUUACAUUUUGUAGUUCAAGAGAUUGAUUUUGAAAAAGGAGAAUUUAGAAAGGUGAGUGAUUUAGGAGAUGAAGCUAUAUUUUUGGGAUGUUAUUCUUCUUUCUUAGUUAAUGUAUCCAAUGAAUCAAGAUUUAAAUCCAAUCACAUUUACUUUGCUAAAAACUUUCAAAACACUUGGAGGCAUCGCAAUGGAGGUGUUGGUGUUGGUGUUUACAGCAUGACCGAUGGAUCAUCGGAGCCGCUUUUUAGUGAGGUGGACACUGGUUAUCGUUGUUCUAGUGAAUGGAUUGAACCAAGACUCUAACCUUUAGUAGGCAGGUAGAUUGUUUCUUUGUCUAAGUUUUAAGGUAUUUUUUUAUUUAUUGAGCAAAAAUAAAAGUA